AUGGUUCAAUGUUUGAUAAAUAAACUUCCUCGAGAGUACAUUCCCGUGGCUCAGGAACUAAUUGACGCUCUAAAAGACAAUAAUUCUCUGAUUAAUCAAAUUCAAGGUGCACCAGAUCCAACUGCCGGACCGACUGAUGAUACUCCUGCGGUUUGGUGUAUGGACGAGAAAGCAUUGCACGAAGAAGUUCGGGUAAUGCUAACACGUAAUGAUGCAAAUGGUCCUGCAUUGCUUCAUAUACUUACUGAAGAAUGUUUAGCACUUGAUUCUGUUCUUAUCCGAUGGUAUCAGAUCUCGCUUUCUGCAAGUGGACACUGGUACUUGAUUGGCCCUAAUGGUGGAAGUAGUGGACAACGCGCAAAUGGUAAUGCACAACAAAGCCAGUCACGCCAACUCCUUUGCUAUUUGCUUUGUCAAGAGUUGGCUUCUCUUUGGCGACUUAUUGCUUUAAAUCCGCGACUAACUAUUGAAGAAAGGGAGCAGCUUUGGGUGUUACUACAGCUCUACCAGAGAACGUCUGUUAUGCGUAUUUGGACAAUUCUUGGGAAGGCUACUUCUACUGAAAAUAUAGCUCAAAAACAACACGGUCGCUUCCCAACCCUGCCUUUCUUACGUGAAGCAGAUAAUGGAAUUACACUUAUUGAUUUAGUGGAAAUGGAGCGCCAAUUGGGCAAUUCAUCAAUUGCUUACAAUCCAGAUGCCGUUCUGGUUCCAUCAUCGAAAUCAUCCAAAAGACGAAAGAAACACAAAAAAGCACAGCAGCGUCAAAAACUGCAAAAAUUGGGAAUGAACAAUGAAAGUACUAACAGGAAGCGGCGAGAACGCCAACAACCUUCGGAACAAGAUGUAAAAGAGGAUCUAAAAAAUAAUCAAGAACAAGUCAGCGAAAUCAGUAGUGAUGAAGAAAAUCAGAAGCCUGAAUGUAGUAAAUCUGAUCCACCAAAAAGAGAGCAAUAUGAAGAUGCUUUAGAUAGACUUUUUGCUGAAGCACAUGCUGACUUCGAUGAUCCAUUUACUCUUCGUUUUAUGUAUUGUGAGGCUCUUUUUGCACAUGGCUACUUCAAUGAAUCUUUACAAUUUGCUAAUAUUUUGUCUGUAAAUUUGAUAAAUAAUCAACCAAACUUGUUACUCUCAAUUGGAGUGACUGAUUUACAACUUAUGAAGAGUAAUGAAGAUGAGGCAGCAGAGCGGAAGACUAACGAUAAAUUGAUAGCAAAGCCUUUUUCCUCUGUUCCACACUCCAUUCGUCAGUCACAUUUUCGUCGCCAGUUUAGUUCUGAUUCAAUUCGGCGCACUGAGACCAAUGAAAUUUACUCUAAUUCAACACUUGCACGUCUCACAAUCAGUCGUGCUCAUCCUCGUUUGAUGGCUAAUUCAACUAAUGCAAAAGAUACAUUAACUAAGACAAUCUUUCUUGUUAAAUUGUUAAUGCUUGGAGAAGAGUUUUUUGAUCGUAAAAUGAAAAGAUUUUCACGACAACAUAUUGCAACGACUCAUAAAGCAGAUAACCCAAAAGAAACUUCUAAAAGUGCGAAUAGUUCAGUACAAGGAGAGUAUCGCCUCUUAGCUUUAGAACUAUGCCUGGCUACCAUGCGAAAUUUGCGUGGGCCAUCUGCUACUCGUUUGCUAGAAAUGGAGAUUAACCAAUUGGAAGGCGAUUUAUUUACAUUAUUGCAUAGAAUUGAGAUUUGCCCUAACGGUUUGAAAAUUGUACGCUCUCUAGCACAACAAUUACUCAAAAAUCUGGCAGUUGACAGCUUACCUACUAGUGUUACUGUUCCACCCACACGUUUGGCGCACUAUAUUGUAAAUGUUCUUUCUUCCCCUUAUUCUCCUUACCAACAACAACAUCUACGAAAUGCGGCACAACUUAGUGGUGGAGUUGAUGCUUGUCAAAUACUGCUCCCACGUUUUCAAUCGGAUUUAUUCACCUAUCGAUUAGAGUCUGAUGAACAAUUGGCACUUGACCUUGCUCUUCAAGUGUUAAGCAUGGAUGUGCAUAUUUCUGAACGUGACCAUCCACUUUUGUGUGAAUGUAUCCGACGUCAUCGUAAAGACUUACAGAUGGUGCUUUUCACUAGAAAUAGGGACUCACCUGAACGAUUAGCUCGAGUAUUGACCACUGCACUUGAUGAGAAAGUGCAUCGCAUUUAUGAAGAAUCUAACCGUUCUAAUGUGGAUUUCUUUUCAUCUUCCGCUACAAUUACAAACUCAAAGCCGCGCCCUUCUUCUCCACCUGAUCAACAACAGGGAUUAUUCAACAAAAAACAACCUCUGUUAUCGAUUGGCUCUUUAACUGGCGUUUUCAGUUCCAUUCAAUCAUCAUCCAGUGCCACUUCUACAGCCACAUCUCCUAGCAGUUCACCAUUCGAUUUGGGUAUUGGACAACAACAAAUUUCAGGAGACAGGUCCUUACACAUUCACAUCAGUAUUUAUUGUUUUAUGAAUUCUAAAAAUUUCAGAUUUUUCCCUUCAACUCGUUCUUCGAUUUCUAAACCUUUUCCAAUGCUAGCGAAUCAAGCUAGCGAGGCACAGGCUCACCAUAUGUUUGAAUUUGCUAAAGCUCUACUUUUAGAAGCUGGUGGAAAUCAGAGUAGUCCCAUGUUCAAUCCAGUUCAAGCUAUGGCUGCAGCUGCUUUAGGUGCUGCUGCUUUUCUUGGUGGUGCGGGAGCUCCUCAAAUUGGUCCUCAUCGUAAUUUACACAUUUGUUCGUUGUUGAUUGCAUUAUAUGCCUUGGGAUUAAACAAUGAAUGCUCUCCUUCAUGGAAUACGCGUACCUAUUCUACGCAUGUUUCUUGGAUUCAAGCACAGGCGUUAGAUAUUGGUCGUCAAGCUUUGGAAAUCAUUCGCCGUACCUGGCACAAGCAUUUAACUCCAACUGAGGUUGCAUCUCUCGCCGAUAAAGCCAGUCAAAGUAGUGACUUGUCUGUUGUUGAAGAAGCGGCUCAGCUUGCUCUGAGCGUUCUUCCUGAGGCUAAUUCUCUUUUGCCUGCGGAGAGUCUCAAAGCACUAAAUCAAUGUAAAGAACGUUCGCCUCGAAUGCUAGAGGAUGCUUGCCUGGCUGUAGAAAAAUCUACACAACGAGGCGGUGUCUAUCCAGAGGUUUUUAUUUUGUAA